UCACAGAGCUGCAGGCGACCGUGCUGACAGCACCCUCCGUACUCCACCCGGCAGGCUGUGCCUGGGCUCCCGCCCGAGCAUGGGGCUGGCUAGAAGUGUGGCUUUCCUCGCUCUGACGGCCCUCUCCCUGUGGAGCUUCCUGCCAGCAUCCAGCAGCAACGACGCCCUGGACUGCUGCCUGAGAACCAGCCACGUCCCCAUCCCCCGCAAGAUCGUGCUGGACUACGUGGUGCAGCGGAUCCCCGACGGCUGCCCCAUCCACGCCGUGGUGUUUAUCACCGUGAGGGGGAAGCAGCUCUGCGCCCCUCCGCAUGCCCACUGGGUGCGGCGUCUGACGGACAGGCUGGACAGUGGGUACCAGAGCAAGAACAACCUCUGGAGCAAGUAGACCCGGAGGAGCCUGCAGCUGGCCCACGGCCCGGCGAUGGGAAAGGGGCUGAGAGAUGAUCGUGAUGCCUGCGAGUUCUGCAUUCCCCUUUCAGCGCGUCCGGCUGCAGGGCGAGCAGCUUCCAGCUCCUUGGGACUGAAUCUGGUGUGACCGCACUGCCUCCCCUUGGAGAUCCCCGCUUCCUGCUCUCUGCUCUCUGCUCUGCCCUGGGGAGUCUCCCUUGGCUUCUGUGAUUUGUCAAGCUGGGUGCUGCGGGGCUGGGGGAGCGCCCCAGGCCUGCCAGCUGUGAGCGACACAGGGCGUGCCGGCUGGCACUGCUCUGAGCGGAACCCGCUCCAGACCGAAGCGCUCUCGCGGUGAGCUGGGCUCCUCCACAGCGCCUGGGUGGGCCCUUGCAGCACCCCCGGGAAUUAGGGCGGUCUCUGCUCUCUUUAACUCAGCCGUGGCAGGUGGUGACUGACGGCUGGUACAGCCUGGCUGGCUGUGCCGGGGCCACGAUGUGAGAUGAGUUUGGUAGGUCUCGGCUCAGCCCCUAAUGGGCAGGUGCCCACAUUAGAGACACCACAACUGGCACUGAAUGGCCCCCUUGUGGGCAGCAGACCAUGGACUGAAUGGGCCACAGAGACUGAACUCUUGUCAGCCCAGAGGGGUCUCAGCAGGGCAGGGAGCAGUCACACGGGGAGGGAGCCUGCGCUGUCCUGUCCUGGCUCUCCUGGCCUGCCAGUCCGGCCCCCUUCUCUGUUCCCUGCAAUCCCCUCCCAAUGUAGGCAAAUUUGGGCACAAAGCCUCUUUUUCUUUUUGCCAACCCCACGCCGGCCGGCCUGCCCGGUGCCACCUGUCCGCGAAUGCUUCUGUACCGAGCUGCCAGGGCAGCGCCACGGCAGGCACCGAGGGGAACCCCAGGUGGGCACUUUUGCAGAGCCACUUCCGGGUGGUGAGUGCGUGGUGGGUAACGCAUGGCGGCGCUGGCCCUUGGCGAUGCGUCGGGCUGGCCUGGGGGGGGGGGGGGUUCAGUUCCAUCCCUUUAAAGCCACCAGGGCUUUUCCUUCCCUGAGCAGCUUAGCGCUGAGGUGGCCAUGCCAGGGCUGGCCAGAUCCAACGGGUGAGGAGAGGAGAUGGAGGGCGGCGAAAGGCCAGGCGAGACGCGUGUUGGUACCUGGGCUGCGGCCUUGCUCCAGUUUUUAAUUAACAAUAAACUGGGACGUGUGGCCAGCCCCUGGAGCUUAGGUCAGGCCGGGGGCGAGAUGGGCAGGAGCCGCGUUUGGCAGAAGGGGUGGACAGAGGAAAGCAGCGUUGUACCGUGUCCGGAUCGGGCAGCCCAGGUAUUGGAAGCAGCAUGAGAUAAGGCCUGGGUCAGCCAGGAGAGGAGGGGAGAGGGACUGGCCCCCCCUCAAGUGAAUGACAGGCGGGCAGCCCGCCAUGGCCGGCCAUUCCCAGGCAGGAGCGGGUUUCUCCUUCCCAGCAGAGACUCCGGGGCCCCCAGGGCUCCUCUGCUUUUCUGAAUCAGACUGAGCUUGGCCUGUGGCUCGACGCCCCCGGCCGGGUGUGAGCAGCAGUCAGCAGCCCCAGGCAAUUGCCGCUGGCUCUGUUUGCUGUUCUGAAACACAGGGGAAUUCGCGCCUUCUCGCUCUCUCGCUUUCUCUUGCUCUCUCGCGC